AUGGACCAAUGUAAGCGGCUGAGCAAACAUCGCACGUUCGAUACGAUACGUUGUGUGUUGCCCAAAGAAUGUCAUUUUUUAUGAGACCUCUCUUUGUGUUUUAUUUUAGGGUGGAUAAAUUGUAGCUAUUUUUUAGUUUUGGGAAUAGAUAAAUCAAUUUUUUGCUCAUAAAUAAGCCGUAAAAAUUUUUAGAAUUUUUAAAAAUUUUGUUUUUCAGAUAUGGUAGUUUGAAAUUUUCUCUUCCCUACCCUAGCCUUACUUUGCAUUACCUUAGCCAUGCCCUGCCAUAUAUUAGCUUUGCCCUACCCUAGCUCUGUCCUGCCUUGGUUUGGCCCGCUCUUGCCAUAGCCUUGGCCUGUCUUAGCGUUACCCUACGAUACUUAAGUUUUGCCCUGUCUUACCCUAGUGCUGCCGUUCCCUACAGUACAGUAACCUACUAUAUCGUACGUUACCCUACCCUAACCGCUUCUACAUAAAAUCACACACAUUACAGUAGUCCAGCUCCUUCUCCUCCAGCCCAAGGUCUCCAAAGUUCGGCCAGAGCCCACCGCCUAUGGCAAACUCCUCUCCGACCCCUACAUCCUCAUCACAGCUGGUGCAAUCUGGUUCAGUAACCUCGCCUUCUCAAUGCUAGAGCCCUCGUUACCUCUGUGGAUGAUUGAAAAUUGGGGGUCGAGUUCAGCAGAACAAGGAAUGGCAUUCUUGCCUAGCUCGCUAGCCUACAUGAUUGGGACAAACAUGUUUGGCUUCGUCUCGGGCUACUUUGGACGAUGGCAGUGCAGUUUCGCUGGGUUUUUGAUGAUUGGAAUAUGCGCACUUAUUGUGAGUUUUAAAAAAUGUAGCAAAAACUUUCUUUACAGCCCGUAAAUUAAUAAAAAGUUUUCCAUAACGUAGCCUUUCAUACCUAAAAAAUCUAAAAAAUUCCAUUUUUAUACCUAAAAAUAUCAAAAAUGCCAUUUUUUAUCAGCCGGAAUAAAAAAUUGCAAAAACUUUGUUUCCACCCAGUAUUCCUCGAAUUUUUUAUAAUCAAGCGCACGGUUGCUUAAUUUGCCAGAUCGGAUGGGAUCGCGCUUUCGCACUGUGCAAAGAAGGCAAAUGGCACUGCACGGUGCAGAAAUUAAUUUUUUGGCAAUAACUUUGUUUACAAUGCUGAAAAUGACGUUUUUUGAAAAUUUUUUGAGCCUUUGCAAGAACUUUCUUUACAAAAUUUUAAAAAAUUGGUAAUUUUUUGGAAAAAUUGGAAAACCGCAAUAACUUUGUUUACAAAGCUCAGGAAAGCAAAAUUUAAUAAAAAUCCAUUUCAGAUACCAAAUUUGAAAAAGAAACCGCAAAAACUUUCUUUCCAACCCCCAAAAAGUCUAAAAAACAAAUUUUAGAUCCCGUUUGCCCAAAACAUUUACCACCUAAUCAUACCAAAUGCCGUACUAGGCUUAGGUCUAGGCUUGGUAGAUACGAACAUGUUCCCAAUGUUAGGCCACAUCGCUGACCUCAGGCACACAAACGUAUACGGCUCGGUAUACGCAAUUGGUGAUGGAGCAGCUUGUUUAGCGUUUGCCUCCGGCCCAUUCAUGGCUGGGCCGAUUGUACGGUAUUUUGGAUUCAGAAGGUAAGGCUUUUGAUUUUUUAGGUAAUACAUGUAAAUUUUAAGAAAUUUUUAUCAUUUAGUAUUUACCCUGCCCGUGUUUUACAAUUCAAAACGAUAAAAUAUAUUAUUUUCAUUCGAAAAAAAAACUUUUUUUCUAAAAAAACCGUAAUAACUUUCUUUCCAAAACAGUUUUUAAAAAUUUGGCAUAGCCAUAGCUAGCUUGAUAUCUGCCACAUCCUAAAAAUCAAAAAUAAUCUCAAUAUCACUUUAAAUGACACUUUUAUGACCUUUUUUCCAAACCUAACCCAAAGAAAAAUCAUUCCAGAUAUACUGAAAAAAACCGCAAUAACUUUGUUUCCAGCUAGAAUUUUUAAAACCUACUUAUCACAUAGAUAGAAUAAUGUCUUCCACACCUUACAGAAUCAUAAUAUUGUCAUCACAUCUUUAAAUGACACUUUUAUGACCUAUUUUCCAAACCCAAUUCAAAGCAAAAUCUCUCCGGACACUCCAUACAAAAACCGCAAUAACUUUCUUUCCACAAAUAAUUUUGAAAAAGUUUUCACGCCAGCCGUCUAAUAGUCUAAGACUGCCUUAUGACUUUAAAAAUGUUACCUAUAUCUCAUAAAAUACCCUUAAUAUACCACUUUCUUCAGCAUGAUGGCAGUGAUGGCUAUAGCCAAUUUGGGCUUCGCUCCUUUUAUGUUCAUUAUAAAACGGCUGCCGGAAACGCUAGACGAAAAGCCAAAGAAACGUUCCGUGAUCUCAAUAAUCGAAACUACUCCCGAAUACAUUAAAAAUUAA